GUGUUUCUAUGGGCCGCGACCAAAACUUACGACAAUGACUGCCAGUAAUACGGUACCCUCCAAGCCCAAGUUCACGCGUGCCUCUGGCCCCAAGGUCCGUACAGGCUGUAUCACCUGGUAAGUUUUAACAUGACCCCUAACACGCUGUCACGCUCCCAUUUCAGGGCUAACCCAGGCCUUGUUAUCUUGCAGCAAAAAUCGACACUUAAAAUGCGACGAAGACCACCCGUUCUGUCGCCGUUGUCGCGAUGACAAGGUCAAAUGCGACGGCUACGCAAUGCCUAAGCCCAAGAAGCCACGCAAACGACGGGAGCCAAAAUCAAAAGCUGUACAGCCAGUUGCUCAGGCGACAUUUAUUUUAACCGUCAAUGUGCUCUCCUCAUUGACAGACUUCGAAACACACCACUUCCAGCAUUUCUUGCAAUGGACCACAUCGCAACUUUCAGUUUCUCCAGCUUCAACAAACUUCUGGCUCCGCUAUGCCUUCCCAAUGUCACACUAUUCUGAACCUAUUAGGUACAGUAUGGUCGCCGUGGGUGCCUGUCAUCGCCUCUUUAUGGCCAAGUCAAUUGGUCAUUCGAAUCCUUGGGAACUCAAGCGGUUUGCCAUUCAUCAAUACAACAAGGCCAUUGCAUCAAUCGUGCCUACCAUGGCUGUCAGAACGACAUCGAAUAUGCACUGCAUCUUAGUGUGCUGUCUGCUCUUCGUCUCAUUCGAGAGCCUUUCCGGUCGGUACACCGAACUUUUCAAACAUCUCCGCGCCGGCAACGAGAUCUUCCACUCACCUCUACGCGCCUCUACCCCCGAGGAGCGUGCCGUGACUGAGAAGCUUGUCGAAAUGUUCUGCCGACUUGGAGUGGAGUCGUCUAGCUUUAUGGAUGAACAUUGCCUUUCAGGACUGUCGCAAUGGUAUUGUGACAAUUCUACCACGAGCACGAUAUCCUGCCUUCCGUUCAAGAACCUCGACGAAGCUUCAUAUGAGCUACGGCAGCUGGACCUCCGACAGACAGACAAACCUUGGGAUGUCGAUAGGGAACUCGAAUCGACAGACAACAAUGGCGAAGGGGGGGCGCCAUGUCUUGUCCUUGACGAUGCCUUUCGUCGAUGGAAUUUGCGUUUUGAGGCAUUGACUCAGUUCCAGGAAAUAUAUGUAUCGACCAAAGCGGGACCGCAACUUCGAAACUUGCGCCUACGCCAACAGUUCUGGCAGAUGACCAUGAACGCUUUCUCAUCAGAAGAUGCAUUGUCAAAUCCUCAAACAUUUACCCCUCUCAUGACUGUGGCCGAAAGCGUGGCAGCGCCGUUCAUUGACAUGAACCAACCGACCUUCUCUCUUGAUGGCGAUCUCAUAUUUAGUCUUUCUUUAGUUGCGUCGAUUGCACAGAACGAUGGAAUCAAGUCACAAGCACUAGGUUUGCUACGCAAGCUAAACCGUCGUGAAGGCAUCUGGGAUAGCCACGACGUCGUUGAGAUGCACGAGUUGAUGAUGUCUGUUAACCGUGGUGAAGGUGGGCUUGAGGAGCGGGAUUGGUGUUACGAAAGGGAAGCACCGGCUGGGAUACCUGGGAUUAUCAAACAGCUACGUACGAGAUUAGGUAACUCAACCAGGACCAGCCUAGUCACGUAAGACAUUUGUCGACAAUACUUGCAAAAGCGCCCUUGUAAAUACUUGAUUAAUUAACU